AUGUAUAAACGAGAAAGCAUGUUUUCGCAGCCGCCACUGCUCAAAUCACCACCUCCAAUGUCAUCAACAAUGGACACAAAUAAAUCCUACCGCUGGACAUCAAUGACUGCUGCUAACAACUCCAAGCUCAUUGAAACUCCAGUGAAAGGAACUCCAAAAAAGCCCGAUACCAGUUGGUGGUCCCCGUCGCGUGGUGAUACCUGGCGGCUUAAUGCACCUCGCGGACGAACUUUAAAUCUUGUUGCUGCUUUUGAUCAAUGCGCCAAACAGGAACAGCUCGAAUCUCCAAAAUAUGUAAACUUGAGUAGAUACCGUCGAAAUAGUGAGCCUAUGCAAGAAAACGAAGAAAAAGAAAUCGUAAGCACAAAUUUCAUAGAUGACUCUAUGAUAGACGACCAUGAAGAGUAUGAAGAGCACGAUAUUGAUCUUGAUAUGGAUUACUACGAUCCCCCAAUGGUUCAGCAUCAUCGAUCCAGUGAAAUUCCGAAGAGUUUCGAUGCAGAUAAGCAAUUGGAUCCUAUGCACGUUUCCAUUGGACGUGGGAGUCGUCUACAGAGCGUAUCGUCUUCCUACACUCAUAGAACUUCCCAGGAGCACAUUAUCGGCGAUGGAAGUGGUGAUACCAAGUUGUCACUGCCAACAGUUGGUGGUUUCAUCACUUCCACACCGCAAGUGGGCAAAGGGAAUUCCGAUCUCUCCAAGAAUUUCGGCAAUGAGGAAUCAAUUCGCGGAACUUCUAAGAACUCUCGUGAACGUCGUCGCACGCAAACAAUAGUCCCACCUUCGUUUGAUUCACCAGCCUGCCUAAAACAGAAAAAAAAUAUUCCGCCAGUAUCACUUCCAGUUGCAUCAAAAGCGAAUAUUCGUUCCCCCUCUUCUUUAGUCAAAUCAAUUGCCAACGAGUUCGAAAAAGCUGACUUUGGGUUUCACCGAAAGAUUAAUGCUGCUGAAGAGCUUGCUGAUCUUAAAAAACAUGCCGAGAAUAGUAGCAUUGAUGAAAAUCAAAAUGUUGUAAUUGAAUCGUCGGAGGAAGAUAUUAGCAACGAAUCGAUUCCUAGAAUCAGCCACCUCGAAAUGCGUCCUAGUAUUCAAAUGGGUGUCAGCGGAUAUAAUCUCAAAGUUCGUGAAUCGUCGAAAUAUAAUGAAAACGAGGAUAAGGAAGAAGUUCUCUACUCCCUCCCUGUAAAGUCACACAUGAAAAAAGUUCAACAGAAUGAUACAGAUCAGACUGAUGAAAAGCAAACAACAACACCUCGCGUAAAAGCAAACCGUCAGAGUCUCCCGUUUUCUGACAUACCAGAAGAACGUACUUGUGACAAAAUUGAUGAAAUGUUCGAUUUUGUUGAAGUUCCUACUGGAGAUUUCGAAGACAAGACUCUGGAACGUACUGUUGAUGGAUAUGCUGAAAUCAAAUCUCAAUCGAGCCCAGCAAAGAAAAUUAUGAACCCGCUUGAUUUGUCAACGAAUACGUAUCAAGAAAUCGAGUUUGACAAAGAUACUACUCCUUAUGUCCAACACUUCGAAGGAGAUGGUACUGCCUUCAGUGCUUCGUCCACUGGACCACAAUUCACUCGUUCUCCUACACUUGUGACUCCACACGCUGGUCAAUCAGUCACUGAGUACCGUGUUUCUGAAAAAGAAGGUUGUGCUCGAACAGAGAAAGUUGUUGUCCAGAAAAUGUCCCAACCGGCUGCACUCGCUACUUCCACACCAAAAGGAACAUUUGCUUGGCGCAACAGAAAUCAAUCUAGCGUACCAGAGGACUCAUUCGUCAGUUCGAUCAGUAACUUUUCCGCAGCCGAUAAGUUGAAUGAUUCGAGACGUCAGAUUACUAAACUAAUUGAGACGAUCGAAAAGACUAGAAAACAUAUCCAGUUGGCAGAGAUAUCACUGAUCGAUGCAAAAAGAGCACGUAUGGUUGUGCAAGAACUAGCAUCACAGCGGGUUCUUCUUAUUUGUCGGGAACGGUUGAAACUUCAACUUGAUGAAGUUCGACGUCUUCAGGCUUUGUCAGUUGUGCGUCAUCCGCCUCCACCAAUCAAUCGACAUUUCAAGUCUGCGAUGGUUAUUUCAAACAUCGCCAUAAAUCUGAACAAGAACUUCAAUUCUCGUGGCUCCUUCGCUUUCAUCGUUGCGCUCAAAUGUCGUACAGAAAUCGAAGCAACGGGAGUAGUAACUCUUCUUGCGCAUUAUCAAACUCGAAUGCAUAUGAUUCAUUUUGGAGAGCAUAUGCACUUCUCUAAUCUUCCUGUAGAUUUUGUAAUCUCUAUGGAAGUGUACAUGAUGCGUGUUCCUGAAUACAAAGCUCCCGAGAAAACAUGCGCUUCUGUUUUGGCUUCCAAGUUUCGUAGUCUGCUUGUUCCUAACACUGCUCAUCGGCGUUCAAAAAAUAAUAGUAUGACAGCUAACCGAACCGUUCACUCCAUACCUGGUUAUCAGGCUCCGGAGUGCGAGUUCAAGUUUUGUGGAAAGCUAACACUAGACCGUGAUUCUUCUGGAGAUCGUCAAUUUUACUUAGAUGAUGUAACCUAUCCUUUGGAAGGAACUGUUAAACUUGUGUCUCACUGCUCUUCACUUCCCGAGGCAAUAGAUGUCGAGUAUCGCGGAUUUUUGUACUUGUUCGAUGAACGCUCUCCAAACGGAGAAACUGCAUGGGAAAGAUACUGGGCGAUGCUUCACCGAGGAGUCAUCUUCUUUUGGAAGAAUCCAAUUGAUGAAAAGAACGAGAAAGUUCCGCUUUCACAAAUUGAUUUGACCAAAUGUACUAAUCAAUCGAUUGAAGAGGCAAGGAAUGAGCGAGCUCACGAAUUCCACAUCGAACUUCUGAUUGAUCAAACUCCCAGUCUUCUCGAAAAAAGAAGAGUCGUACUCGCUGCUGAAUCAGCAGACCACCUCUCUUCAUGGUUGAAUGCAAUCAACGACACAUUGUACGUCCUUCGCUCUUGA